GAAAAUUUUAGUUAAUAGGCUUUUUGCAUUUAAAUGUGUUUGAUCAUUCUUCUACUAGAUAUAUUUGUUAACCUCAAUUCUGGAAUUUUUAAAAAUGGGUUAGUCAUCAAGGAUAGAGCUUAAAUCCUCAAAAAAUAGUAUAAGAAUUUAUUAAAAGACAUAUUAGUAUUAGUUUUUUUGAUGCUAUCUAUAAAUAAUGAAAAUGAUAACCCUCUUACAUACUUUAAUUAUGUUGUUUUCUUAAAAAUCAUUGAUGUUAGUAGUAAGUUAGAAGAAUUAGAGUCUAAAUUUAGAUUAAAUGAUACGAUGUCAAACUUGUUGAAACUAUUCAAGCUUCAAUUUUUUAUUUUUUUCAUAGCUCACAUUAUUUGCUGUAUUUUUCUGAAAAUUGGAUUAGAGUAAAUACACUCGGGAUAAAGUUGGAUCAUAUAUUAUAAUCUGCAACAAGCUAAUUUCAAAGAAUAGUAUUUAAAUAGUCUAUAUUACUGUCUUAUAACAAUGACUACAAUAGGAUACGGAGAUAUUACACCUAAAACUCUAACUGAAAAAUCUUUUAUCCUUGUUGUUAGUGUAAUAGCAUGUGCAAUAUUUGGCUAUACUUUUUCAUAAAUAAGUGAAAUUGUUAAAAACUUAGAAAAAAAGAAGAAAGAUUUCAACAGAAAUAUGCAAAUAAUAAAUAGAGAAAUGAAUAAUAAAGGAAUCAGCAUUACUCUCUAACACAAAGUGAGAAAAUAUUUUGAAUAUCAAAAAAAAGUUGAAGAGAAAAAGUCUUUUAUGUAAACAGACAUGAUAGAAACUUUGCCUUAAAUUCUUAAAGAAGAGGUUUUAUUAGACAUAAAUAAAUAAAUUUUGUAAAAGCAUUACAUAUUUUCCAAAUUAAGCUCAGAAUGUAUGAAAGAAAUAUCUUUAAUUUUUCAUCAAAAAAAAUAUUUUCCUGGUGAAAUUAUUUUUAAUGAAGGUGAUAGAGAAGAAAGUUUAUAUUUUAUAUGGAGUGGAGAAGUAAAUAUAACAAAACACUAUUAAAGUAAAAACUCAACUAGUUAAGAAACAACCUUAAGAAUCUUAAAAAAAAAAGAUUUCUUUGGAUAAGUUGGGUUUUUUAUUGAUAAUCCAAAUCCUUAUUCAGCAAAAUCUAAGACAUUUUUGAAUUUAUCAUAUAUAAAAAGAAGCGAGUUCUUUAAAUGCCUUCAUAAAUAUCCAAAAGAUUAUGAAAACAUUUGCUACAUAAGAGAUAAUAUUUCUCUCUAUUAAUAAAUAUCGUUUUUGGAAACAAAGUGUUUUUCUUGUGGAGAUUAUAACCAUUAUCUCUAGUAAUGUCCCUCCGUUCAUUUGGUUACUUCUAUUAAUUAAAGAGAGUAUAAAUAUAAUGCUAAUCCUGAUGAAAAUUUUCCUAUUUUAAGAAAAUAAAAAAAAUAUAAUGUUUUAUACCAAUUACAUAAAUUUUAUUUGGAGGUUAUUGAUUUUUGGAACUAAAAGGUUAAUGAUGUAGGGGGAGGAGGAGUAGAGGAAUCAAUAUUGGAAGAAUUAAAUGAGCUCAUAGAAAACUAAAAGAAUAAAAGCUUUGAAAUAUAUACAGUGAAUUAGAUAUCAGAAAACAGUGAUGAAAAUUCAGAUGAAAAAUUACAGCUUGACAACUCAAACAAACAGAAGAAACAUACAAUAAAUACCUUUAACUCGAAUGAGAGGAAUAAAUAAGGUAGCUAGAAUAAUACUAAUAGUAGUAUUUAAGGAAGCAAUAAAAAUAUAAAUAAUUAAAUCAAUUUUACAAAUUAACUUAAUGUUAAGGAAGAAAACAUAGAUAUUACAUCAGAAUAGUCUAUAUAAAAAAUAAAAGAACUCCAGUUAAAAUAAAACGAAAAUUUAAAAUUUGAAAAUUAUAUAGAAUCUCCAACUGAUAUUUAUAAUAGUAAAUUAAUUAAAGGUGGUGCCUUCAAGACAAUUAACACUAAAAAAUUAUGUCAGAGUGAUUAAUCAGUGUUACCUGAAGCAGAAGAUAAUAAUAUUUAUACUAAUUAGAAUUAGCAGCAUGAUAUAUUUGAUUCAAAUAGUAAGAAAUUAGAAAAAUCAGUGGUUUUACUUUCACAAACUUAUAAUUAAAAUAAUGAUAAUAAUAUUACAAAUUAAAGCAAAGGUGAUGAAAUAAAUAUUUCUAAAUAAGAUUAAAAUAAGCAAAUAGUAAAAAAUAAAAAUAACUCUUUACAAUUAGGGUCAAUAAAUUAUUUAUAAAAUAAUAAAUUUGCAAACUAGCAUGAUAAUUUGUAAGAAGAAGACACUGUUUAAAGAUAAAUUAUUAGCCUUAACAAUAUUUUAGAAGAUUUGAAAGUCUAAAAAUCUUAACAAACAGAUCAAAAGUAAGAUGACUUUCCAUUUAAAAUAUCUCCUUUAAAUGAAGAUUGUUUUUCUAACCAUUAAAUAAAUUCUCCUAUGAGAAGACACAUAUUAAAAAAAAACUAAGUUAAAAAAUAGACAAGUAUAGAGCUAGAAAUCUUCUCACCAGAACUUAAAAAUAAAGGUAGUUAAUAACAUUUAAAGAAGCUUAAAACUAAUCUUAAUAAAUAAAGUGUUAUGGUUGAUAAUAAUUAAAUUAUUCAAUAAAGCAUCAAUUAAAGUUCUCCAAUUGAAGAAAUGUAUAGUUUAAAGAAAAUAACCAUGGGUAGAGGAUCUGGAGUUAAAUUAAAAGAUACAUAGAAAGGAUUAAGUUAAUUCGAUGUUUAUAAUGAAUAAAUAAUUUAUUAGAAUACUCAAUAUUUGAUAAAUUAUAUCAAAUUAAUGCAAGACUGCAAGCUAAUAAAUCCUAUUAUUUAAAAUAGAACAAAUAGUUUGGCUGAGAUAAACAAAAAGAAGAAGAUUUUUAUUAAUUAAAAUGGUACAAUCCCAUAACAUAGCGAUAAUGAAAUUAAAUCUCUAAAUAUUAAAGAUGAAAAAGAGUAAUCUAGUAGAAGUAUUUCAUAAAAUAAAAAAAAGUUAUCUAUCACUGGUAGCUUAAUUAAAAAAUCUGAUAGAUAAAUAUUUAUUAAUGGUAAAACAACAACAUCUACUGAAAAAAAUUAUUUUUUCCCAAUAAAUGAGAAUAUAUUUGUAAGAAAUACUUGUAACUUAGAUAUUAAUUUACUUAUAUAUAGAAAGUAACUCUUAUGGAACUCUAAUUUAUAAAAAUAAAUUUAAGGUAUUUUCGAAUUUUAUGAGUAUGAAGAUGACAUUGAUGCUCUUAAAAGCUAUAAAAUUUAUUUUCCAUAAGGUAAUCUUGAAAAUAUUCUAAGAAAAUGCUAAAAUAAAUAAAUAAAAUAAACAAAUAAAUAAACCUAAUAAAAAUAAAACAAAUAAAGGCAUGGCUCAAAUAGAUUUAAAGAUCAUCGUUUCAGUAAGAUGUUAAAUUAGCAACCCUCAUUUAUUGCAAUAUAGAGUAUCUAAAAAAAAUUUUGA